AUGUCGCCACGGGUUCCCGCGGCCAAGGAGAUCAAAUCCGUCGAUAAAAGACACUUUGAAGACCUCCCUAAAGCGUCUGCAAAUCAACCCGGCCAAGUGGGAAUACCUCGCUCAAGACCAACCGACCUGGAGAAGGACAGUGAAGACAGGCGGAGCGAUCUACGAGGCAAAUCGCAUCGCCGCCGCGAAAGCCAAACGAGAAACCCACAAAUCUCGGCUGCACCCACCUCGCAACGCCAACACUCAACCGCUCCCAACGUGUCCACGGUGUCAGAGGGAAAUUCUGGGAACCAAUUGGCCUUGUUGGACACCUUCGGACCAACUGCAGCAUUCGGACUGCACCAGCCGUCGUCUCUCCGUCCAUCUCUCCCUCGUCCUCCACGUCUAAAGUCAACAAUGACUGCACUCCUGACUCUCCACUUCCAUCCUCCAUUGCCUCAACAUCUGCUGCGGCGGCUCCUGUACCCACCACCACCGCGCACACCGACAACCAUCAAGAUCACCAUCGUCAACACCAAUGAUGAGGACUCGGUCCUAGCCUGUCCUGAUUGCGAUCACUUGAGAAUCCAUCACACAGAGACUGGCGAACUAGUGUCUGAAGCACCAACAUACACUCGCCACACCUACCUCAAUUGCUCCGCACAUUCGCUCACUGCAUGGGCCUAUUAG